UAAAAGCAAGUUCAUUUCUCUACACUUUUCCACAUAUCUAGUAGAUUGGAUUCCAAGCUUGCUAUUUUAUAGUCAUAAGAUAUAGUUGUUUCAUUGAAGUGUCAAUAUUUAAUUCCCAGCUUAAUUUCUCAAGCUAAAGUUUCCAAUCUGGUGGCAGCAAUAUCACCAUUUAAUUGCUUUGUUGGGUGCAAACUUACUACAACCGGAAUGGAGAAGCUGCAGUCGAAGAAGGUUGUCGGAAGAGAAGCGGGUGAAGGAAGCAGCAGCCAAAGGAUUAACAUGUUUAUGGAGGCAGGAGCCCAAAUGAAGGCGGUGGAAGCCCUUGGAAUUGACCGUCCACCAGCAAAAAUACAGAAGGUUAUAUUCUUGCUGCGAGAAGAUGAGAAGUGUUUUGUUAAGUAUUUUGAGCCAAGAGUGGCAUCACUCGGUCCUAUCCAUCAUGGCAACCCAAAGUACCAGCUUGGAGAGAAGUACAAGGUUAGAUUGGCUUAUGAGUUCGUCGAUUGCAACAAGAAUAAAAGUAAUAAUUUAAAUGAGGGCAUAAAUUAUUUAUACGAGAAGGUUAAGGAGGAAAUCAAGGAACUGAGGCAAUGCUUCGAGGAGGAGGUGACGAAGAAGUAUGAUGAUGAAGAGCUCGCCUGGAUAUUGUUCGUUGACGGCUGUGCAAUACUACAGUACAUAUUUUGUGAUGCAAAUAGCAAGUUCAAAGAGUUUAAUAUAAAAACCGACAGCGUAGCCUUCGCUCAACAGGAUUUGUUCUUGCUGGAGAACCAAGUUCCCUAUCGUCUCCUCAAGUUGUUGAUGAGCUUGAGCGAGAAGAAAGAAGAGUUGAGUAGAUCGAUUGAAAGUUUCAUUCAAAAAGAUAUUCAUCAGCAAACAGAGCGGCAACCAAAAAAAGAAGUAGGGUGUCUUUUGCAGCCGAAGUCAAAAGAGAGUCAUGAACUAUCAAUUGAAGGAGAGCCAACCCAUCUUCUCGACCUUCUGAGGACAAGACUCUUGGGUGAUCGCCUCACAUUCUCUGAAAAGACAUGUAGAUGGCCGUGUAGAAAGAUACGUGUAGAGGGCCCAGAUUUGCAAUCGUAUCGCAACGUGCAGGAGCUUAAAGCAGCAGGAAUCCAAUUGAAACGCGGCAAAAAUAGUUACUUGAGAAACAUAAGUUUUACCAGAAAAUUCGGUUUCUUCCCCGGAUACCUUUGGCUUCCUCCAAUUACAGUGGACGACUCAACGGGCCCCAAGUUCAUGAACUUGAUAGCUUACGAAAUGUGCCUGGAUUUCGAGAAUGACUUCGGCAUCACCUCUUAUAUAUCCUUCCUAGAUUCGCUCAUCGAUGAACCCAACGACGUCAAAGAGCGAAGGAAAGCACGCGUACUCUACAACCUCCUCGGCAGCGACCAAGAAGUGGCUGACCUCUUCAACAGGAUAGGCACGGACUUGGUGCCGAACGAUGAAGCAUAUAAGGAAGUCAAGUUGCAGAUUCAGGGCUACUACGAUAACAAUUGGAUGACAUGGAUGGCUCAAUUAUUUCACAAUCAUUUCAGCAGCCCCUGGGCUAUCAUUGCUUUGUUUGGCAUAUUAUUCGGACUUGGUCUAAGUACCAUUCAGACUUGGUACGCAGUCAACUCUCCCCCUGGCCCCUGCGACGACUUCUGCAAGAAAUUACCGUGCAACUCAACAUGAGGGAGAAGGUAAUAAGAAUUUGUUUGCUGUUCAUUCCAAGUGCAUCUACCAUCUGGUUUGCUUAAGAAUUCCUGCAAAUAGUCCUUAUUUGUUUGGUUUCGAUUUGGUGUUUUUAUGCAAGUUUGGGUGAUUCUACGUGCUAAUUUCGUGUAAUGCGUUUGAAAUGAAAAUAAUUAUGAGUCGGGUUUUGUGUGAGAUGAGUGAUAGUGUUAACGAUGGCUAUUUUAUGAUUUGAUUCUCUCUGUUCCUCCCUUUGUCUUUGAUUGUUUUUUAUGAAUCAUAAUUCAUAAGCGGAGUGUGUAGACUUGUUUCUGUCAGCUACUCAUAUCUCCUUAUCUCU